AUGACACACGAAACAACUGACGACCACGGAAAUGCUUCGACGAGCACGAAUGCUAAUGCCAACAAAAAAACAUUUCGAUCGAAUACCGAUCAAACACAUCUGGUAUACAGACGACCGGUUCGAACAUUGUUCGUCUCUGGUUUACCGAUGGAUGCCAAGCCUCGAGAGCUCUAUCUCCUAUUUCGAGGAUUCAAGGGCUAUGAAGGAAGUCUAUUGAAAGUAACAAAUAAAAAUGGGAAAAAUCUAUCACCCGUUGGCUUUGUUACAUUUGCCAAUCGUGUUGAUGCUGAAACAGCUAAGCAAGAACUUACCGGAGUUCGCUUUGAUCCUGAUCUACCAGCAACUCUCCGUCUUGAAUUUGCUAAAUCGAAUACAAAAGUUCAAAAGCCUAAACAUCCAACACAAAAUUCAUUAGCAGCCGCAACGCAACAAUUCAUACAAAUCCCACAGGAACUUGGUGCCGCUUUCUUUCCAACAGAAGCUUGGGGUCAGCCAUUAACAUUCGAUUUGGGUCCAGCUGGUCUUCAUCAUCCAGCUCUAUUGCAUACUGCCAUACACGGCCCGCCAAUGUUGAUGAGCUGA